AUGGCUGUCUCUACCACCCCUCAUGUCUGUACGCUGCUGUGGCCCUUCCUUGGGGAGCAAGAGGGUUCCGAGCAGGAGGACAGUUGGUUGCUUGGGUGGAACCCUCGUGGUCUUGUGAUUGUAGUUGUCGCGAUUGUGCAGAGCAAUGCCUUUGAAGAUGCCUUACGUGUCCUUGACCGAAUUCGCGAACACAAAGUCAAAGAAAAUGUUGAGGGUCGGGGGUCGUGGCGCAAGGACGUCUCUAGCCUGGCCCCAUUGUCAGUGCUUGGUCGGCUGCGUGGCUUACGCGCACAUUCUAUUGUCUUGGGCGAUGAAGAGAGAGUGCGCUCGGAAAAUUGGGUUCGCAGCGAGCGGCAGCGUAGCGACAUCUGGAUUGAACUGAACAAAGGACCGGUGCUUGAUCAGGUGUGGUGUUGUGGUUAUGGUGUACAGCCGUGCCACCUGCACGUCAUACGAACCGACCCUUGUGGAAAAUACGCCAAAUUGCCGACGGUGUUUAGUGCCACCGCCCGGUUUGGUUGCGACGGCAUCGCGGAGCUCCUGCAGGGGAGGCAGCCCCUCUGCAUCCCGGGGGUGCACUCGAGCCUGGAAGGUGUGUUGCUACCAUCCCACAUGGUGCCGUUGGCAGGCCCUUGCGUGAGCAGGCGGCUGGAACCGGAAAGCAGCGCCUUGUCACGGAGCUUCUUGAGGCGCGCCACGGAGGACUAUAGCGAAAGCAACAUUCCUGUGGAUGAUAUUCUAAAUAACGGCAGCAGUAGCUCACGGAGAGACAGGGAAAAAUUGGAUCAGCAGGGUUUUUUGUUGGAACCGGUGGAUAUUGAGCCGGUGCUAACAUCGCCGGUGAAUGGGUUGCCACCACGGCUUGAUUUUCCCACGACUGCUGACUCUGCAGAGAUGAGUCGUCUUCUGCGGUCCAACAAUCGUGGCCGGGCAUUGCGCAAGUACCUCGAGUGCUGCGGAGGAAAGGUUAAAAGCGGCGGCGGGAAUGAUGGCAGGGAAAAACAUAAUUCUGAUCAUUGCGACAGUAAAGAAAUGGAAACAAAUGGUACAAAGGCCUUAGAGAAGCAGAGCUUUUGGGAGCAUUAUCUGUACGUGUCUAUUGGUGUGUUGUUAUCCGUACUAAUGAUCUUUAUUCCAGUGCUUACAUUUUUAGGGAGGCUUUUCUGCACCGCCGCCCUGUUAGAAUUUCGUCUCCGUGAAUUAAUUCACUGGCUUGCACUCCUACAAGGUCGCACGCAUGUUUGCGGUCUCCAUCCGGUGCUGCCUCACAUGAUACAUGAGGAUCCCACUUUCCAACGAUUUUGCGCCGUCAACUUUCUCAUUCGUUUGCUUGUUGAUGGACUUUUGGGAACACUGGGGAGUCUUCUUUUAGCAGUUGGGGGAACAGCACUGAUUACCAAGUCUGGAAGUUUCUGCAGGUACUUUUUGUACGAUGUGCACAUGGGGUAUAUGGAGUGGUUUGAGGGAUGGCCAGCAGGUCUAAAAAUGAACGAAGAUCUAAAUAUGACGCUGUGUUUCUUUGCCAAAUGGGUGCUACAAACAAGUUGGGACUUUGUGGUGGAUUUUAAUUGGGUGGAGCUAGUCUACAAACUGCUUGUGUACAUUGCUCCAUUUGGUGCUAGUUGCGCAUUUGCUCUCAUUUCUGAUGUCAGCAUACUUGUCUCACUGCAUGUGCUACUGCUCUUCCACGCCAUCUCUGUCCCAUACCGGGUAAUGCGGUCCGUGACGGGUAGUCUUUUCCUGCAACUCCGUGGGAAAAAGUACAACCCGCUUCGUCGCCGCACCGACACGUAUGACUUUGAGGUGGACCAGAUGCUGAUGGGGACACUUUUGUUUACCGUCACGGUUUUUCUCUUUCCAACUUUAGCGGUGUAUUACUUUUACUUUGCAUUGGCUCGCGGCUUUAUUUGGCUUGUGCAGGAGGGACUUGUGUCCGCCACACAUAUCACGUUGUAUCUCCCGGUGUAUCCUGUGAUUUAUUGGGCACUGAACCGAUGGAAGUGGCCAGGCGGCUUUGCCAUCACGACACCAAAAGUCACGCGCGUACGGUACCACGCAAAUGGGACUGGCUCAUCCCCGUGCACUUCGAUAACCGUGGAAGUCACCGUUGUGUCAAAGCCCUUGGGACUUCAUAUUUUUUUGUCCGACUUUCUGCUGGUGCUUAAAAUUCUUUCGGAUCGGCGCCCAUUCCGCAUGUUGGAGGUUAUUUGUCAAGCACAGGUUUGGAGGAAUACCAACCCGUUGGAACGCCUCAUCCCACACCUCCAGAAGGAUUGCAUCAAUGCUGGUAUUUGUAUGCGGCCUGCGUCCACGGUGAAAACAACAACAGCAACAACAAAAGCUGCUGCUGCUGCUGCUGCUGCUGCUGCUGCUGCUACUACUGAUACCAUCUCUGCAUCCUUCACCAAUGCUUCAUUUGUGGCAGAGACGGCAACUCCAACCACAAACGCUCCAUCUCCAUCCGUCACUUCGUCAAGGCACUGA